AUGUACCCGUUUGAUGAGGAGAACACCUCAUUUAUCACUGAUAGAGGCCUUUACUAUUACAAGAUGAUGUCCUUCGAGUUGAAAAAUACUGGGGCUACCUAUCAAAGGCUUGUUAACAAAAUCUUUGUAGACCUCAUCGGCAAGACAAUGAAAGUCUACGUGGAUGACAUGCUCGAAGUACAGGAUGAAGCUCAACCCCCUCAAGUGCACUUUUGGCAUUGCCUCUGGCAAGUUUCUAGGUACAUGAUCAACCAAAGAGGAAUUGAAGCCAAUCCUGAAAAGAUCAAUGCCUUACUCGGGAUGGGAUCACCCCAGAAAACCAAGGAAGUCCAAAGCCUAACGGGACGUGUGGCAACCCUUGGCCGCUUUGUCUCCAAGGCCACCGAUAAAUGCCUCCCGUUCUUCAAGGCAGGCCCCUUCCUCUCCAAGCCAAAGCCUGGUGAUAUCCUCCAGCUGUACCUGGCCAUUUCCAACGAGGUCAUCAACAUAGUCCUAAUCCGAGAGGAAGGAGCCACCCAACUCCCCACUACCAGCAAGGUAAUCCUAUCUCCAGAAACUCGCUAUCCCGACAUGGAAAAGCUAGCCUUAUCCCUGAUCACAGCUUCUAGGAAGCUGAGGCCCUACUUCCAUGCACACACCAUUCACGUGCUAACCAACUUUCCUUUGAGACAAGUGCUACAGAAGCCAGAUGCCUCAGGAAAACUGUUGAAAUGGGCAGUGGAGCUAAGUGAAUUCGACAUUGUCUUUAAAAUAAGGGUAGCCAUCAAGGGCCAAGCUUUAGCUAAUUUUGUAGCAGAGUUCGCCAAUGUACCCAAGGUGGAAGAAGUUAUGGAACCUGUUGAGCCCCCCACGUGGAACUUGUUCGUGGAUGGUUUGGCUGGAGACACAGGUUUGGGAGCUGGAGUAUUCCUGGUCAGUCCAGAAGGCCUUAGAUUAGCCAAAGAGAUGCAAGUAAGGAGGCUACGUAUCAAUAGUGACUCCCAGCUGGUGAUAAGUCAAGUGAAAGGUAGUUUUUCAGCUAGGGAUAAAACCAUGGCCUCCUACUUGAAGAUAGUGAUGAACCUCCUCCCAUCUUUUGAAAAAUUCGAAGUAAUGCAAAUCCUUCGCCUCGAGAACACACGUACAGAUGCUCUCUCGAAACUCGCGAGCAGUAGAGAUUCCAAACUACUUGCUGUAGUACCAAUUGAGCAUAUCCUCAUGCCAUCUACCGAGACCUCUGAGGUGCUACGGGUCGAAGGAGCCCCCACCUGGAUGCAAUCAAUCAUAGCCUACCUAAAGGACCAUGUCCUACCUACUGACAAAGAUGAGGCCUACAAGCUGAGGGAAGAGGUCAGUUCAUUUCCUCUUCGUUGA